UGUUGUACAGCGGCCUUCUACGCCCAAAUCGUAGUAUCAUUCGAGCAUGGAGCAUGAACAUGCGGAGAAAUGCUCGCUCAUUCUCCAAGAAGGAAAGUGCAAUUGUUAUAGGUCAGAAGAAGAAGAGCUCUUUGAAUCUAAGCAAGCACCUUUUCAGCCUGCAACCAAAGACGGGCCAGCUGAUGUAAAGGCACACCCUGACGAGGCAGGGUGGGCUGCGAUCCGCGAACACGUCGCCCGGAAACUGCGCGGAACACGAAUGAACGACCAGAACCUCUCUGCUGACCUCAACUACUCUCCAAUAGAUCUCGAUGAGAUUCGUGUCUUGGAACUACAACGUGGAGAUCAUGGAGACCCUCUCAAUGGCUCUCUCCACGUCGCCAACAUCGACUUUGCAUACCCUGAAGUCAAAGAUUACAAACGGAAAACGAACCACGCCAUAUCUCUCGCUGAAGGUGGGCCCGUCUGGUAUACAGCGUUAAGUUACACGUGGGGUGAUCCGAUUUUUGACGCCCAAUUUCACUUCGCAAACGGCACGUCAAUCCAAAUUACUAGUAGCCUGGCCUCGGCUCUAACGCACCUACGAAGCCAGACGGAUAGCAUAUUUUUGUGGAUCGAUCAAAUAUGUAUCAACCAAGAGGAUGUACAAGAAAAGCAGAAGCAGAUACCGUUGAUGGGCCUGAUCUACAGCCAUGCAACCAGUACAGUGAUCUGGCUGGGUGAUGAGAGAGGCGACGAUCCUCAGCUAGCAUUUGACACUCUUCAAACGGUACACGAAAGGCUGAUAUGGUUUGACGGUGAGAUCAGGUCCGAAGACUUCGAACGACUGAGAUUCCCAGCCCCGGCAGCUUCCGAAUGGGUCGAAGUGAGCAGGAUGUUUUCCCGUCCAUGGUUUGAACGGCUAUGGGUCGUACAAGAAGCGGUCCUAUCCAAAAACUUGUAUGUCAAAUGUGGCAAGGCCGUCGUGGCUUGGGAAGACUUUGCGUUGUGGUCUUCAACAGCGGAGUCUUGUGGUAUUGGCGCUUUCUUAGCGGACGGCGCUCCGGCAACGAAAAAUCAAUCUGGCCUCAGCACCAUGAACGAAUUAUCUACGCUCCGUAUGUACCUUCAGACCCAGGAAACACCGUCAUCACUACUUGAAGCACUUGUCACGACUCGGUACGCAAAUGCAUCAGAUGUGUCUGUCCGGGAUGUUUUCCUUGAGGCAAGCAUCGCAGAAUUUCCCAUGGAGAUUUUUCGGCUUCUUUCAUGUGUAGAUCAUGAUAGGCCGGUCAGUCCGUCUUGGGUACCUGAUUGGACUUUGCCGAGAGCGACAGAGUCUCUUGGUUAUUUGACCAGAUCUUGGUCACUCUACUCUGCUUGUGGGCCGAUGUUCGAUUCAGCCACUGGGAAGGCAUAUGAUACCGAAUACGCACUCGAAGACAGUAACACGGUUCUCGUCAUCCCAGGUAUCGUUGUUGAUACUAUCGCAGCGGUAGGUGAGCCUCUGGACGAGGAACCUUUCAUGUUUAUCAGCGACGAUAACAUACGCGCAAAUCCUACUUGGUUGAGCUACCUCAUGAUGGCGAAGGCGGUCACCUCGUACUCAACGGGUGAAACUGUGUGGGACGCAUUCUGGAAAACGCUCGCCGCUGGCAAGGACGGCUCGUCCCACGGCACUACGCCACAAGAGUACAGUGAAGUACUCAGUCUCAUUGUAGAUAAGUGCAUGGAUGAAGAACAACACAUACCUGGUCAACCGUACACUGCUCGCCGACAGAAAGGCUUCUUCACACUCAAGAGUCUUACUUCACGCAAACCUAAACAAACAUUGGAUGAUAUGCGGAAAGCAUUUCGCUCUGCGAUGCAUUGUCGCGCAUUUGCAAUCACCAGGAAAGGGCACUUCUGCCUGGUUCCGAGAAGGACGAAGGUAAAUGAUGCUAUUGUUGUUUUACAGGGAGGGCAUGUACCGUUUGUCGUAAGAGGCCAAAAAAUGGUUGUCACAAAAGGGUUUGAACUGAUUGGCGAGACAUAUGUACAUGGAAUCAUGAAGGGUGAGGCUUUCGAUAGGAACAGUCCGCGACUUGAGAAAAUACGGUUGAUAUAG